UCCCUUUAUCCCUCCCCAUCAGAGCUAAAGAUGGGCUUUACCAAUUUUCUUCUUCCUAUUCUUCUAAUUACUCUAGCUUCACUUUCAGUUUUGGCUUAUGGAGAACAACCAAACCCUUCCAUCCAAUCCAUGCUUAUGCAAACUUGCACCCAAAUUGAAAACCAAAGUUCAUGCCUCACAAAAGUGCAAGCUGAGCUCCAAAGCAUAAUGGAGCCUGAUCAAGGUCAUCAAGACGCUGCUUCUUCAAGAAGCUCAAUCCUUAGUGCUGCGCUUAGGCACACACUGAAUCAAGCAAAAUCUGCCGUUGACAUGAUCACAAAGUUCAAUGCUCUAUCAAUCAGUUACAGAGAACAAGUAGCUAUUGAGGAUUGCAAGGAGCUCCUUGAUUUUUCUAUCUCUGAGUUGGCUUGGUCUUUAGGCGUGAUGAACAGAAUUCGGACAGGUGACAGAAAUGUUCACUAUGAAGGAGACUUAAAAGCUUGGCUGAGUGCUGCCCUUAGUAACCAAGAUACAUGCCUUGAAGGUUUUGAGGGAACUGAUAGACGUCUCGAAAACUUCAUAAAGGGAAGCUUGAAGCAAGUCACACAGCUCAUUGGUAAUGUCUUGGCCUUGUACACUCAAUUACAUGAUUUACCCUUUAAACCUCCAAGGGAUCAGAGUAUGAAUACUUUGACAAUUGCGAAUAAGACUUCAUCGCCUGAUCAUAAUUUCCCGGCAUGGAUGAGUGAGGGUGAUCAAGAGCUUGUUAAGUCUAGUCCACAUGAUCAAUCAGGUAUGCAUGUAGAUUCUGUUGUGGCAGCAGAUGGGACUGGGAAGUACCGUUCAAUCACAGAAGCUGUUAAUGAAGCUCCAAACUACAGCAGUAGGAGGUACAUAAUAUAUGUGAAGAAGGGGAUUUAUAGAGAAAACAUUGACAUGAAGAAGAAGAAAACCAAUAUCAUGUUUGUAGGGGAUGGGAUUGGACAAACUAUAGUAACUGGUGACCGAAAUUUCAUGCAAGGAUGGACUACAUUUAGAACUGCAACAGUUGCUGUAUCAGGAAAGGGAUUUAUAGCAAGAGACAUGACUUUUCGCAACACAGCCGGGCCUCAAAACUAUCAAGGCGUGGCACUUAGAGUUGACUCCGACCAAUCUGCCUUCUUCCGGUGCAGCAUGGAGGGUCACCAAGACACACUCUAUGCUCACUCUCUUCGCCAAUUUUACCGUGAAUGUGACAUCUAUGGCACCAUAGACUUCAUAUUUGGCAAUGGCGCCGCGGUGCUCCAAAACUGCAAAAUCUACACUCGAGUCCCUCUACCACUACAAAAGGUCACCAUCACGGCUCAGGGUCGGAAAAGUCCGCAUCAAAACACCGGGUUUUCAAUCCAAGAUAGUUAUGUUUUUGCUACUCAACCAACAUAUCUUGGGAGGCCAUGGAAGCUUUACUCUAGGACAGUUUUUAUGAACACUUACAUGAGUGGUCUAGUGCAGCCUAGAGGGUGGCUUGAGUGGUACGGUAACUUUGCUUUGGGAACAUUAUGGUACGGCGAGUAUAGAAAUCACGGGCCAGGUGCAUCACUAUCCGGCCGGGUCAAGUGGCCGGGAUACCACAUCAUCCAGGAUGCCAACAUGGCUAGUUUCUUCACUGUUCGGCGAUUUAUCGAUGGAAUGGCUUGGUUGCCGGCCACUGGCGUUAAGUUUACAGUAGGUUUGAGUAACUAA